CGAAAUGAAAUGGUCCACAAACCCGACAUCAACCGAAAGUCCUCAGCCCACUCCCGAAUCGGCCUCAUUGAAGUCUCUAGUUGUCGGGUUGGGGGGUGAUGGGGUGGACGAGAUUGGUGAGAUAAAGAAGGAAAAACAUUUUCAUCACUCCUGAGCCCCUCCCUGUCCAGUGAUUUUCGGAUCUGAGGCUUGACAAAGAUCAACUGUUCAAGAUGAAAGUAAUCGGCGCCGCAGUGCUCAGCGUCCUGUUCUGCACGGUCCUGCCAGCAUCGGCAAAAGUAAAAACAGAACACAGGACAGCUUUCUUUGGCGAGGACGUCCACAUCGAUGUCCCACGCGGGAAUGGCAGCGAGGUCAUCUUUAAAUCUGCGACCAGCGAGUCCUACGACAUGCCGCUGAUCACAGCGGGGAAAAGAUGGUUUGUACACGUGCAGAGGUCAGAUAGUAGAUAUGCUGGACAGACGAUGGUAAAGAUGGAGCUGCCAGACUGCGCCUUGGAGCAAAUUGUCAAAUACGGAGAAACCUACUACAUCCAUCUUAGCAACAUUAAAGGACCCAUCACCCUGGAGUUCAGGCCCAGUCCGUCUCAACUUAAUCAGUCAGAGACGCAGUACGCAACCGAGCCUCCACCUGUGGUGCUGUACGACCAGACGGGUGUGUUGGCAGAAGAAUACAUGAAACGCCUCAGCGUGUCGGAGAAGCGUGUGGUGCUGCACUCGGUCAGGAUGACAGAUGAAGGCAGCUUUACAGUAAAAGACAGCGAGGGCAAAGUCAAGAUUCGGACUUGUCUGAAUGUCAGAGGUAAGUGGAGAUCAGAGCUUUACAGCAUCCUGUCGGCUUUAAUCGAUCACUCAGUGUCAAAGGUUUUGAAGCAUCAUUCCUGUUGUCACAGAAGACUCAUUAUUUCUCGCCAUGGUUGUUUUUUCCUUACCCGUCCUCGUCUGUCUCGCUCAGCUUAUAAGCUGCCUCCCCUGACUCUGGCCAUCCUCUCGCUGCUGGGCGUGGUUGCCCUCAUGCUGCUGGCGUGCCUGCUCUCCUGCAUCUAUAAAGUACAUAAGAGGAACGAGAAGAACAAGAAGUUGACGCUUAUUGCUCAGCAGGCUGGCAAGAGUGACGGCGAGGCUUUCAGACAGGAGCCUCACACGGAGCCUCUUCUUGGUGAGAGAAUUGCGUUCUGGCCUCUUUUACUGCUGCUCUCCCUUCUUCGUUUUGGUCUUGCCUUUCAUCUCCUUCUGCCUCUUUUUAUGCAGGGCCUCGAGGUGUCCAAACCGGGCCGCUACCACACUCUCGACUCAGAUAACUUUUUGGAGAUGAGCGACUCCGGAGUCGAGUUCACCAGCUCUGGCCUCCCACUGGACAGCGACACGGAUGCUGCGAUGACCUACGCUUCCCACAAGCCCCUGCUGAAUGCCGCUUCCCCUCCAGCCAUCUCUGAAGGAUCGCGCUCCGAGGGCUUGGAGGCCACUGUGGUCCCUGAUGGCGACCUCAGCGCCAGCCAAACCCCUGACUCUGCCUUGAGCCCCAUCUCUAAUCCUCACUCGCUCGCAGCUGCGACCCCUGAUGGAAGCCUCCGUGGCGCUGCAUCGCCGGGAACCGCCUCCAGAGGCACUGCUGAGUCAGAUACGGCCAAGUCAGAGGGAGGGGCUGAGAGUGGAGAAGGUGAGCAGAAGGAGGAAACGGCCCAGAGCACCUGAGAGGGAGUACCAGGGUGUAUUUUUUUUAAGCUCACCUCUCCCAACAUAUCCACAGUCGUCUGGCAGGAACUUAUCAUAUCUCACACCAUCAAGUCCUUCGUCACUGCAUUUGAAGCUACAUCACAGACAAACGUUAAAGCUUGGCUGCGGAUGUCUAGCCUAGCCUAGAAGAAAAUAACUAAAGCAGCAGAUGCUCAAAACGCACAAUGCAAAAUUUAAAGCUCUGAAAAACGAAAGGUAAAAAUAGAAACCCCUGAGCUGUAUCAAAAGCAGCUCCGUGCAUCUGGAAAAUGCAUGCAUUUAAAUUAAACAUUAGAGUAGCUAUCAUAGUUCAGAUCUACAGGACAUUGCUGACAUUAGAGUAGACUGCAUGCCCGCUAAAGAAGCAUAGGCUUACAAAAGAAGCUGUGAUGACACGAAAAGGGUAAAACACAUUCAUCACUUUUAGGGAAACGGCUGAAGGGGAUCAAAUGAUUUUGAUUCCUGUGAAAACUGGUCAAAAAAAAGGCGACAGCAGCGUGACAGUUUGACAGGUAGAGCCAGCGCGCGUCAAGGAAUCAGACAUUAUGUUCUAGGACCAAGGCUACUAACGACAAUAACGGCAGAGAGCGUCUCCCUUUCCAAUGGCGAAUCUCAAUGCGUUGCCUCUGACAGCACUUUUGUCUGCUCUCACUGCAUCAGACAAACACAGUGAUGAUUGCAUUUCAGCCCACCCACACGCAGCCUCUCUAUUAUUAACAGUACAAGCAUGUCGGAGAGCGCUUCCACAUCUCUGACAAAAGUGCUUGUUUCAGCAGUCAUUUACCCGGGGAAAAAUCUACUCGAGGUAUUAUUUCUCAAAAACCUGCAAAGUGAAACAAGCUAGAUUAGAUUGAGUACCCUACUACCGGAUGGCUGUUUCCCUUUCUCUUAUAUCCAGUGUGUCAAAUCUGCCAAAUUCGAGGCAUCAUCUGGAGAAAACUGCCUAAACGUCCACUUCAUCUCACUCGCACUAAUGAUAAAAGCUAAAAAAAGAGGGAAAAAACACCCAAAAGAGCAACAACUAACUGCAAAAACUGUCCUCAUCUGUUUUACCCACCCAAGGGAGUUGUCACAAGCCCUGUCAGAGGAAAAUAAAAUUCAGAGACUAGCGUUCAACACGUCUGGGGCUUUUGGAACGGCUCCUGAGAACGUAAUUGGAUUCUCGGUCUCUUUGCAGACGGACCAAUUCACGGACACCGUCGAGUGAGGAGCGGUGAUAAAAGAGACGACAGAGAUGGAACAGUGUUCUAUUCGCCGCACAGAUAAAUGACUUGCAUGAUUUAAAGCCCCCUAUUUUCAUCUCAGCCCCAAUCCAUCUCACGGUGCUCCAAUUAUUGUAGCCCGGUUGUUUGCCAAAAUGAAGUGAGUGGAAAGGCACAGUUUGGAUCAGUCUGCGAUAACGAUGCAGCCCGCAGCCUCAACAGAAGGAGGCUGAAUAAGUCGUGAGAAGUGUAAAUGUGUGUGUGUGGAGGGGGUGGUUCGUGCAAACCGAAACAACAUUAUUAGACACUCAGUGCUUCGUAUGGAGGCAUGAGUCAAUUCAACCCAUUAAAAACAGGAAAUUAAAAAGAGGAGAAGAUACAAAUCACAAAUUAAGAGUUAAACUUGUUGCUUGUGCUUUAUGAAUCCCAGCUUAUCACGUAAUUCACUAUAUGAUAGUCCAGUGUUGUUGACUUAGCUGUUACAAUGUUACAAUGUUACAAAGGCAUCGCUCAAAAUCUGUUCAAUCACUGAAGUAAGAGCGAUAUUUAAGUUUAAGUGCUGCACGACCACCUUUCAUCUAAUCAAGGGCAUUCGAAUCGUGAAAUCGUGCUGCAGAUUUGAGCUUAAAAAGUGUGAUUUUAAAAAGAGGCCACAGAAUGGGCUGGAGAUGGAGUCAAAUCUCUUUUAAAUUACACCCUUGAAUAAAAUCAGCUCUUUCUUCGUAUUUUGAAGGGGCUUCUUUUCACAUGGGGAGGUUUUGGUAAAUUAGCGGUCACUUAAGAGCAAUGAAAACAUUUUGUGGGAGAACACACGCAGACGCUACAGGUGAGAAAUGGAAUAAGUGACGGCAGAUAAAACGUUUUUUAAAAGAAGCAUGAACAGAGUCAAUUAAGCUCUCUCCAGCCUAACAACUGCUUCUGACUAAUUGGUUCCCCUUCCUCGCUGUGAAAGGAGCUCGUGGGCUAAUCCAGGUCACUGGAAGCUGAUUUACACCGCUGUACGAGAGCGAGGUGUCUCACGGCGCUGAUGAAACGGCGUCCAGGCAUGUCCUGUCCUCCGCAGGGCCUGACAGUCCGUGAUACCACCAGGGUUGCGUCACAGCAACAUCGGGCGCGCGCUCCACCCUCUGAAUCGCACCCGAACCACGCUUAGCUUCAUCAUCGAGUCCACAUUUCGAUAUCACUAUUAUGGCUGCCAUUGACAGCUGUUAGCAGUACGGCUACCUCAUGCUGUAACCGAAUCAAUGUCAACUGGAAAAGAGAGAUUCACUCCCAGGGUGACUAAUAGCGGCCAGACAGGUGCAGAUAAUCAAUGCCUGGCAAAGAAAAGCACAAAAUUUAACAAGUAAUCCCUUUUAAAUGUUAAAAAGGGUCCAUACUGUAUUUAAAAAGGGUAAAAAAUAAGAAGCAGCUAUUGUAAAUACAGUAAGGUGAUUAGCAAACACAUUAGCAAAAACUUUUUAUUAGCUCGUUCCCUUCUUAUUCAGGAAAACUUGGAAAGUUUAAGUUGCGUAUUUCAGUGUCAUGUGUUUACAAUGACUUGUGUACCCUACAUUAAUGUGACUGAAUGAUUUUAUAUGGCUGUUUUCUAUGGAUGUGUAAACUGAGGGGCUUCCAAAACUCUUGUUAGGUGAGCAAAUUGAUGGUCAGUGGAGUUUCAAUUAAUUCUAAAGCAAUAUUAGUAUUAUAGCACUU